AUGCGUCAUCUCGUUGUUCUGCGCGGCACAAAGGAGCUGGGCGGAAACAGCCGAGAAGCGACGCGGAAGGAACUGAAGAGACUAACCCGCCAGUCACGGGCGGAGGGAUACGUUUCUAUGGGAACGCCACUAUCUCCAACACCUCAGACUGAGCUUUCUGUGGAAGAAGUGAUCUCAAUCAGAUCAGGAGCUACCCUCAUUGCAACCACGUCACUCCACUUCCACUUCAGAUAUUUCUCAUCUCUAAGUGGGGAGACAAAUAUGUCACUUACUCUAAGUAAAAGAAAAAAUGAUCAGGAGGACAAGUUUGAAGAUGCCCGUGAAAGUAUCCCUGUGGCAACAACAAUGAAUCUACUAUCUUCCUUGGAAGAAUGCACCACUGGAUUGUAUUUAUUUCUAAAUAACAGAUUCUCAGAUGCAAUAAAUCUCAUUCAUCCAUGGUCUAAAAACAGCAUGUACCAUUCCCUAAUGUAUGGUUUCUUUAUGGUUGUCAAGGCCAUCCUGACUUUUGAGCCACAGGAUUUACAGAUUGGAAUGACAGCUGCAAAGGAUGCUUUGAACACCUGUAACAAUUUCCGAAAAAAAACUAAAAUGACAUUGUCUCAUCUAGUAAGUAAACAGGAAAUAACGGCUAUCACAGAAGAGGAAUUGCAUGCAGAAGUCUGUUAUGCUGAGUGUUUGAUCUUGAAAUCCUUCAUGUCAUUUAUACAAGAUGAGAGCAUGCUUGCUUUCCUUAAAAGCGGGAUCAGUGUUGGGUCAAGUUACCAAAUAUACAAAGACUGUCAACAGGUAUUAACGCUGAUACCUGACAACCACAGCAAAACCCACAAACACCUGGUUGGAGGUAUAAAAUUUGGACUUGGAGCAUUCAAUUUGAUGUUAUCACUUGUGCCACCAAGGACACUUAAACUACUCAAUAUUGUUGGAUAUUCUGGUGAUAGAGAAGUGGGCUUAUCUUUGCUUCAUGAGAGUGCAUCUGAAACCCACAUAAAUAAUAUCGUAAGUCUUUUGACUCUACUCUUUUAUUACAAUUAUAUCUAUGUAGAUUGUGGUGUUGAAAAGGUUUACAAUUCUGCUACAGAAGAUCUCUUCCUAGUCUACCUCCAGAAAUUUCCAAACUCUGUCAUAUUUAAAUUUUUUCAUGCACGUUUUAGUAUGUUGAAAGGAGAUUUUGCAAAUGCACGGUUAAAAUUACAGGAGUGCAUUUUUACUCAGAAUGAAUGGAAGCAGGUUCAUCACCUCUGUUACUGGGAAUUCAUGUGGUGCCACAUUUUACAGCAGGAUUGGAGGCAGGCUUACCACUAUGCCAAUCUACUGUAUCAACAAAGCAGAUGGUCCAAGGCAAUCUACAUGUACAGUAAAGCUAUCAUCCUGGCUUUGCUUCCUUCUGAUUUUGUGAAAUCAGUAAGUGAGGAUAUAAACUCUCUCUUCUUAAAAGUGGAAGGCCUGAGAAUCAAAUUUUUAGGCAGUUCUGUGCCAAUAGAAAAGUUUGUUGCGGGGAAGGGUCAGCGCUAUGGCACUACAACAGGCUGGUUUACAGCCCAACCCCUUCUGGAGUUCAUUUAUGCCUGGAGUGGUUUCCGAGUCAUGAGCAAAAAAGUUGAGCUUAUUUCAAGCUGGCUAUCAAUAAUUGACAGAGGAGAAGAUCUUUUACAAGAAAAUCCACAUAAAGAGUGUGGCACAGAUGACAUAAGUUUAUUAAAUUUACUGAAAGGUCUAUGCCUGAAACACUUAGGCAAAUACAAAACGGCUGAGUAUUACUUUAAUCGUGUCAUACAAAAGGAGAAAUUGUUAAAAUAUGACCACUAUUUGGUACCAUAUACUUAUUAUGAACUGGGAAUCUUACACUAUCUAAAAGGAGACUAUGCCAGAGCAACGAAAAACCUAGACAAAGUAAGAAAUUACAAAGACUAUUCCAUGGAAGCCCAGUUACAGUUUAGGACUCACAUAGCCCUUGAACAAAUAGCUAAAGAAAAAUGAUUUAAACGCCAAGUGUGGUUUUGUUUAGUGUAAGUGAAAUAUCUACAGUGAUCAGUAAUUAACAGGUAGAAAAAUCAUUUCUUUGUGGAAAAAAAUCCAAGAGGUGGCUGCCAAGAAUCUGAUCAGUAACGAGAAAGGAAUUGGCCAUGACUUUUCCCCCUUUCUUUCUCAUGCCUAUAAAAUGCGAUGUCUUAAAGGAAAAUGAGGUGAAGCACAAUUUUGAAAAAUAAAAGGCAAAUGAUGUACAUUAAAAAAAAAAUCUCUCCUAUGUUACAAAUAUAUCAAUUAUAUUAGAAAACAUUUUCAAAACCUCAAAAACAUUUUUAACAUCUCACUAGAUAACAUAUACAACUCAUAACAUAUACAACUCAUCCCUAGCAUACUAGGGAUCCCAGUACCCUAUACAUAUUUUUAUUUAACUGUGUUUUUUUUUUUUUUUAAAAAAAGACUUCAACUCUCAGCCUUAGAGCCACCUUCUUGGAAACUGCUGUGCCAUGAGCCAAGUGGAGGAAGAAGCAAAUCCGCAAGCUGAAGUGCAAAAGAAGAAAGAUGAAACAGAGGUCCAAGUAAACCACUAGCUUGUGUACCCAGAAACAUGAACUGUCAGAGGCUGGAGAUGCUGGUACAAGUUGCUGGACUGCAUGCUGCUGUCUAGAACUUGUCUAAGUGGAUCUAGAGCUUCCAUCGCCAUCUGAUCAUGGAAACCACCUGUGAGACCCACCUUGCUCCUAACCAAAACAGCCCAUGUUGGUUCUUUGCCCUGGACCUGUGACAUUCUGGACUAUUUCUGUGUUCACUUGUGGCUGAGUGUAACAAGCAUACAAUAAAUCACUUCUUCUGCUGUCUUAGCUGAAGAAUUAAAAAAAAAAUUCUAAACAGUGAUGCACUGAAUGGCACAGACUCUGAAUGAUUUUUUCCUUAUACACAGUCGUUUUGUUGGCUUUUUUUACCAGAGGGGAUUGUCCGCCCUGUGUGAUCAGUAAUAUUUCUUACCCUUUUUGUAAUAAGAAGCAAAAUGUGAGUUUACAGUUUGCCACAGGAUAGAGAAGAAAGCCCUCUUUUUUUUCUACACACACAUAAGGCCAAGAGGAUAGACGCACGGCUAUUGGAGGAAGAGUUUGGUUACCAUAUAGUCCUCCCUUCAGUCGUCCUCCCUAAGGUGUAAUUCUCAGUAAGACCAGCUCUUCAACAUAAUUAAACCGAUUGCAUCAAUCCAUUGUGAGUGGGUUAAUCUGAAAGUAAAUAGCAGCUGUAGGGAUGGGGCUUGGUAUUAUUUUACCUACCUUAGGGAUAAAAAAAAAAUAAUGACCUAAUUUCCAGGUGUCUUCCUGGUUGUCGCCCUUUGAAACAGAAGUUGCUAGAAAAGUGUAGCUUGCUAAAAACACAUCAACGAAACAUACUACCUUAAUACUUAGGGUAUCCAAACAACCAACUAAAACAAGAUGCGGAGCUAGUAUUUCAAGGUUUAGCAAUGUUUGCUUUUAAAAACAUUUUUCUCAUAAAAUAAAAAUAGACUUU